UCGCGCCCGGAAAGACUGGCACGCACUGCAGGUGCCAGCAUUAGCAGCGAGGACUGGAGGUCUCCGUGGAGAGCCGCGCCUUGAAGAGACGGACGCUGGCAGCUCUGGCCUCAGAGCUGCCCUCGAGCCCUGCAGCAUCCAUGCUCCUGUCGUGGCUCACAGGACUAGGGGCUGGAAUGGUCUUCCUGUACUUCGUGCAGAAACUCCUGUUCCCUUACUUCUGGGACGACUUCUGGUUCCUGCUGAAGGUGGUGCGUUUUGGAAUUCGAAUGGAGAUGUACAGACAGAGAGGGGAGCUGGUCACUGGGCUGGAUAAAUUCCUGAGCCAUGCCAAGAGGCAACCUCAGAAACCUUUCAUCGUCUACGAGGGAGACAUUUACACCUAUCAGGAUGUGGACAAAAGGAGUAGCCGAGUGGCCAACGUCUUUCUGAAUCAUUCCUCUCUGAAAAAGGGGGACACCGUGGCACUGCUGAUGAGCAAUGAGCCCGACUUUGUUCACGUGUGGUUCGGCCUGGCCAAGCUGGGCUGCGUGGUGGCCUUCCUCAACACCAACAUUCGCUCCAGCUCCCUCCUGAGUUGCAUCCACACCUGCAUGCCCUCAGCCAUAGUGGUGGGCGCAGAUUUGCUUGGAAAUAUAGAAGAACUCCUUCCAAGCCUCCCAAAAGAUAUCAGUGUUUGGGGGAUGAAAGAUUCUGUUCCACAAGGUGUAAUUUCACUCAAAGAAAAACUGAGCACAUCAUCUGAUGAGCCUGUGCCACGCAGCUACCAUGUUGCCUCAAGCCUCAAGUCUACGUGUCUUUAUAUUUUUACCUCCGGAACAACAGGUAUGAUCCAGUUCUUCUUAAGGCUUAAAAAGAAUGCAAUAUAUUUGCAAAGCAAAGUGUCGGGCAACUUUCUGCCGUGUGUAGUGACCAAACAUCUGAGAAAGCAUGCGUGCAAGAAGGUUCUCAAAUCCUACAACUUUCAAACUUGGAUGAAAAAGUUAAUUGCUUUAACUUUGACUUGGCAAAUCAUCAUGUUCACUUAA